AUGUCUUUCGAAUGUCCUGUGAUGAAUCAUGCUCCCACGAACAUGCAAUACAUGUUGAGUGCGAUCGAGCACUUGGAAAAAGUGAGCUUGGCAACCUUUCAACGGAUUAACGAAAAAAUCGAUGAACAACGUCAAAUUCUACAUCAGGUUCAUCAACGAGUGGCUGUGGUGAAGCAUUCGUUGAAGAAUAUUGAAUCGGAACGAAGCAGAGAAACUCUCCUCGUAACAAGUAGUCCUGUUUUCCCUACUCCGUCCAUAGUGAGCGACAAGCCAUGUUUCUCUAUCGUUCGCGAUCGAAUUACAGUACCUGCCAUGACAAAAACUCACUCAACUCCAUGUAUUCUAAAAAGUCCAGGUGUAAAUAUGCGACUCAACAUGCUCCAUACAUGGUCAACAAGCUGCAACCAUUUUAGAACCAUGUCAAAAUCGUUGUCAGUAGCAACUGGUGUUGGAAAAUAUCAUGAGCGCCCAAUUUCAUCUGUUGGUGAGCUUGUUUGUUUCAACACGAACAUGAAUGUUUUCCAUAACUAUUAUGCUGUGGAUCCUCUGAAUUCAAACACCACAUCAAUCGGCCAAAAUUUAAAGCAGCAGCAACCAACCAGCACUGAUUUUCUGUUGAAAAUACCACCUGCUCCUUAUUCACUAUCUUUCAAUUCCAUUUAUGAAUGUAUUCAGGCAAAAAAUCACCAAAACGAUAUCCAACCCUUUGUUCCCAUCAUGAGCUCCUUACCUGCACUGGAAUUGCCAUCCGAUCUCAACUUGCCAAAUAUUGCAUGUACUAAACAUUGGGAACAUGUCACAGAAAUGCCACCACUUCCAUGUGAGAUCUCUCAAAAUCCCAUGAGUACUAUUCAACACGUAGAGAGAAUGAGUGCAACUGUGGAAGAUGUAAAAGAGGAGAAUGCUUCUCAAACCAUCAUGCAGCAAGUAGCCCUCACGGAAGUUGAUUCCUCAAUGGUACCAUCGACAUGCUUAUCACCUCAAACCCACGAGCUGGAAAUGCCACUUCAAAUGAAUAGUUCAAUAGAAAGAGAUAUUAAUCAACAAAUGGAUGCCAUUCAAACUAACUCUAAUGAAGUCACGUGCAACAAUGCAAAUCAAAACGCAACGGAUCAAAUAGAACAGCCAACUUUGAUGAAUGAAACCAUCUUCUCAACAGCAGCUUCUUCAACUCUUUGGGAUUCUAUCACCAAUUUUUCGAGGGAUAGUUUGAGACGAACAGUGGUAAAUGCACAUAAGGAUCCACAUGAAAGUUCCAAUACCAACCCUGUUUACAGAAACAUGAUACGAGUGCUGGAUUUGAGGAGAAUAGGCAUUGAGGGUAAUGUGGAUGAAGAUGAUGAUACCUCUUCCGCUAUGACUGACACAUGGUAA